UUUGGCAGCUAGAGGAGAGUGACAGUCCCCUCCUCUUCUUGAUCCUUCGUGCUUCCGCCUCCGCUUCUCGCCUUCUCCGCCCAUAAUCUUUCUCGGUCUAAGAAGGAUUCCACCGGACAAGGCACAGCAGGAGGAUCUCGAAGGGAGAAUACGGGGGAGAAAAAUGUUGCUUGGAGCUAAGUGAUACCGUAAUAUAACGCUAACACUUAUGUGUAAAAUGGAGGAUCAUCCUGGCCAUCCUAUUUCCAACUAUGAUUUCUUGUCAGGGAAUGGUGUUCAUACGAAUAAAUUAGUCCAUAAGAACUACGACCGGGACUCCUCAUCAGCCAAGUCUGGCCGGUCACAACAAGAAGCAUCUGCAACGAGUGACAGUGGUCUAAAUGAGCAACACACCUCAAGACCCUCAUCACAAUCUGACAAUGACAAUGAUCAUGGGAAGCCCGAUCAGCACAUGGUAAAGCCGCUUUUAUCUUUGGGGAACCCAGAGACUGUUGCUCCCCCACCAAUGCUUGAUUGUAGCCAAUCAUUUGCAUAUAUUCCUUAUACUGCUGAUGCUUAUGCUGGGAUCUUUCCAGGAUAUGCCUUGCACGCUAUUGUUCAUCCCCAAUUAAAUGCUGCAACAAACUCUCGUGUGCCGCUCCCUGUUGAGCUUGCAGCAGAAGAGCCCAUGUUUGUUAAUGCAAAGCAAUACCAUGCAAUUCUUAGGAGGAGGCAGAUACGUGCUAAACUGGAGGCCCAAAAUAAGCUGGUGAAAGCCCGGAAGCCAUACCUUCAUGAAUCUCGGCACCGCCAUGCCAUGAAGCGAGCUCGUGGAACAGGAGGGCGGUUCCUCAACACAAAACAACUCGAGGAGCAGAAGCAGAAGCAGGCUUCAGGUGGUGCAAGCUGUACAAAGGUCCUUGGCAAGAAUACACUCCUUCAGGAUAGCCCUGCCUUCGCACCUUCGGCAUCAGCUCCCGCCAACGUGUCAAGCUUUUCAACAAUCAGCAUGCUGGCUAAUCAGGAGCGCACCUGCUUCCCCUCGGUUGGCUUCCGUCCCACAGUUAGCUUCAGUGCACUGAAUGGCAACGGGAAGCUGGCAACGAACGGAAUGCACCAGCGGGCUUCCAUGAUGAGGUAAAGCAAAGCAUCCUCUGGUGCGCUGCCGGUGGCAAUUCAUCCUUGGCUUAUGAAGAUGUUCCGUAAAUGUGUUGCAAUAUCAGUUGGACCAAGACAUUGUUAUGAGUCCUUUUUGAGUUUCAUCUAGUUGAAAGCACUGGUGUGCUGACGGCACUAUGUGGAGACUGAAAUCUUCAUCAUAUUUCUUUUGUGUGUACUUAUUCAAAUAAGGCGCAUCCUGACUAUCCCAGAGAUCGGAGUUGGGCAACCAUAGGCCUAUCCUUCCUUACCUGUUGUGAAUGUAUCUGGUACUUAACUCAGAGAUGGUUGAGCCUCAAGCUUUGACGAAUGAUGUUGCAGUUUGGUAACUU